AUGCUGACUUAUAAUGAAAUUCUGGGAAUAAUAUAUCUGCAAGUAACUGCAGUUGGAUUUCUAGGGAACUAUAUCAUUCUAUUCCUAAAUAUCUAUAAUUUCUUCAUUACCCAUAGGAUGAGACCUGUAGACCUAAUUAUCAUCCAUUUGGCCUUUUCCAAUGCCAUAUUGCUUCUCUUUGGGGGAAUAACCAGUGCAUCAAGGAUUUUGAGGGUGAAAUGUUUACUGGAAGAGCUAGGAAUUAGAGUCAUAACAUAUAUACAGACAAUGGGCCGAGGUCUCUCCCUAGGUAGCACCUGCCUCUUGAGUGCCUUCCAGGCCAUCACCAUUAGUUCCAACAACUCCAGAUGGGCACAGCUCAAAAUCAGAGCACCAAAAAGCAUCAUUCCGUGCCUUUUUCUUUGUUGGGUAUUCAAUCUGCUUUUAGAUGUGAUUAUAUUUUUCUGCCAAAUUAACCCCCAAAAUAGCACAGAUAGUAAUUAUGGAUGCAUCUCUGGAUAUAGGAUCCUAGAUAUGAAUAACAAGGAUAACUUAAAAAUUAGAAUACUUACAUGUGUCCAUGACUCUUUCUUUCUGUGUCUCAUGAGUUGUUUUAGUGUCUACAUGGUUGUUAUACUAUACAGACACAGGAGGAAUGUCACUCAUAUUCAUAAUAAAAACCGAUCCAUAAAAAUAUCUCCUGAAACAAAAGCAACUCAAGCAAUUGUGCUUCUAGUGAGCACCUUUGUUUUGUUUAAUUUAUUCAGUCCCAUUUUUAUGCUGUAUAUGUUCUAUUUUAAAUAUCCAAACUCUUGGAUGAUACAUACUUCAGCCUUUCUCUCUCUGGGAUAUCCAUCAGUCAGUCCUUUUCUUCUGAUCAGGUUUGAUAACCAGAUUCCCAGGACUUGUGCUCAUUGA